CCGUCUAUAACCCCCCUUCCCGCCUAACUUUCGCACGCCGUAAACCCCUCUUCGGUGAUUCUGAAUCCUAGUAACUGCCAGCCCAUCUGCGAAACACACUGUUAAUUGGCGAGAGCCGCGGGGCAUAAGUUGCUGGAUUCCACGUUCAACAGCAUAGGACACGGGUUCUCAUCGUCUGUCGAAUAUUCGUUGUUUGCAGAUAACCGCGGACGAUGUCUAGAUUUGUUCGUGCAUCUAAGUAUCGCCAUGUCUUCGGACAGGCAGCCAAGAAAGAACAUGGAUAUGACAAUGUGAAGGUCUCCGGCAGCGCAUGGGAUACGAAUCUUGUCUCUGCCUCUGGGCGAUACAUCAGCGUUAACUGGAAUGCAUCCGGAGGUGGCGCAUUUGCAAUACUUCCCCUCCCCUCCCCUUUUGCAGCUGUCCCAAAUUUCCCGCACAAGCUUCCUGAUGUUAUUCCCCUCGCGCGCAGUCACACCGCCCCCGUCCUCGACACUGAUUGGUCCCCACAUAACGACUCUAUCGUUGCCUCUGGCGGCGAAGAUGGAAAAGUCAUGAUUUGGAAGGUCGAGUCUUCCGCUUUUGAAGACUGGGGCCAGGAUCAUUGGGUACCGGAAGACUUUGACCCUGUCGCCCGGAUCGAUGCAUCACCACGCAAGAUCGGCCAAGUUCUCUUCCAUCCAACCGCGUCUAACGUCCUCGCCAGUGCUUCCAGCGAACACACAGUUAAACUUUGGGAUCUUGCUGAUACUGAUCGCCCACGUUCUGUUCUCACCGGACACAGCGAUACCAUCCAGUGUCUCGCCUUCAAUCCUACCGGCACGCUCAUGGCGACGACCUGUAGAGACAAAAAACUUCGUCUAUUUGAUCCUCGUGUUGGAAGCGAAGCUGUUCGCAUCACUGAGGCACAUGGCGGUAUCAAGGGCGCUCGUGUCGUGUGGAUGGGUGAUCUUGACAAGAUUGCGACUACUGGUUUUAGCAAGAUGAGUGAUCGUCAAGUCUCCAUCUGGGAAGCUGGAGGUCUUGGAAGUGUCAAGACGAUAACUAUCGAUCACGAUGGAAAUAUCCGGUACUACGAAUACGAAAGUGACUCGCUAUUCGCACUAGCAGAACACAAAUCUCCGGAUCCCCAGCGGGGAAUAUGUUUCCUCCCUCGUCGUGCCCUUAACGUGUCGGAUUGCGAGAUUGCCCGUGCGUACAAGGUGUCAGGCUCAUCCGUGGAACCCAUCGCUUUCAUCGUGCCUCGCAAAGCGGACUCAUUCCAAUCCGACAUUUACCAGCUGCAGCCUCCAAGCGAGUUCUUUGCUGGAAAGACCGCUCCAUUAAAGCUCGUUAGUCUCGAGAAUGGUGCCGUGUUCAAUGGUGCACAAUCGACAUUCACGCCCUCGGCGCCUGCUCCUGCACCGACACAUGUGCCCGCACCCACUGCGUUCAGUGCACCUCCGCCUGUCACUAAAGCUGUUACCAUGCCUACACAUGUACCACAGACACCAGUGAGAUCCGAGUCGGCACCAGUGCCUCAACUCGCUUCGCCUAUCUCAGAGUCUCCGGUUAUCCUCACUCCGCCAACGCAAGUUGAUGAUGAAGGCAAGACCACCGUGUUAGAAGCCGAAGUCGAUCGGCUCAAUAGUGAGCUCCGCGCAGCACGAGAAAAGAUUCGCAACAUGGAGUUACAGGUCGAGGGCCUGAAAGCGAAUGCAAGAAAGGCCGCUCAGGCUUUGAUGGAAGCGUGAGGACCAGUUUGUGAGACUCAGGUCGCGGUGGCUGUAAAGUAAAACAGUACCCUGAUGAGACUAGAGGUGCUUUUGGUGUAGAUUGAUGAUCGUGUACAUAGUCAUUAUAUCUUGUAUAACCUGCAUUUCAAUGGACGUUGGAUUCUUUUA